AGGUAGUUUCUUCAAUUUCCGCAAUGUGCCUUCAAAGAAAUGUCUUGCAAAUCAAAUUUCCACAACCAAAUUCUGAUAUUGAAAAGGGCAAAACCAGGAAGAUUCUUGGAAUUGUUUUCCCAGGUUCAAUUCUAUUGGCGUUGGUGUUCAUUGCGUGCUUUUACAUAUAUCUCUAUUUCAAAGAAAAAGGAGAUGAUCAAGUGAGAUUGGAAAAGUUUUUGGAGAAUUACAAGGUACAUAAACCUACUAGAUUUUCUUAUGCUGACCUGAAAAGAAUCACAAAUCAUUUCAAGUAUAAACUAGGUGAAGGAGCUCAUGGAGAAGUGUUUAAAGGUAAGUUAUCUACCGAAAUCCAAGUGGCAGUGAAAGUAAUCAAUAAUUCAGAUAGCGAUGGGCAAGAGUUCAUCAAUGAAGUGGGGACUAUGGGUAAAAUUCAUCACAUCAACGUUGUUCGUUUGCUAGGCUUUUGUGCUGAUGGUUUUCAUCGUGCUCUUGUUUAUGACUUCUUUCCAAAUGGUUCCCUUCAGAAGUUCAUAACUUCGCCAGACAACAAGGAAAAUUUCCUUGGAUGGUUGAAAUUGCAACAGUUAGCCCUUUCCAUAGCUCAAGGGAUUGAAUAUCUUCAUCAAGGUUGUGAUUACCGAAUUCUUCACUUUGACAUCAAUCCUCGUAAUGUGCUGUUAGAUCACAAUUUUACUCCAAAAAUUUCUGAUUUUGGCCUAGCUAAAUUGUGUUCUAAAAAUCAAAGUACAAUAUCAAUAACAGCAGCUAAAGGAACUUUGGGUUAUAUUGCCCCUGAAAUAUUCUCUCGAAACUUUGGAAAGGUGUCAUAUAAAGCAGAUAUUUACAGUUAUGGAAUACUGCUACUAGAAAUGGUUGGUGGAAGGAAAAAUGUUGACACUAAUCCAGAAACCUUACAAGUGUUAUGCCCAGAUUGGAUCCAUAGUUUGAUGGAAGGAGGUGAUAUAAGUAUCCAUAUGGAAGAUGAAGAUGACAUUAAGAUUGCGAGAAAACUAGCAAUUGUGGGACUUUGGUGCAUUCAAUGGCAUCCAGCAAAUCGUCCUUCCAUGAAGACCAUUAUUCAAAUGCUAGACGGAGAGGUUGAUAAAUUAAAGGUGCCUCCUACUCCAUUUGACUUUGCCACUUCAACUAAUAUGAGUACCAUCAUUCCUACGAGACAUUUGAAUUUAGAGUUAGAAGUGGUUCAUGAAUUCGAAUAA